CUAAAAAAUUAUCAAUUUGCAUGCAUUUGAAUAGGUAGAGUUUGCAUAGGGGCUAUUUUGACCAGAAUUGAUGUACCAGAGAACUACGGUACUCAUUUUUUUAUGCUGGCAAAUAAUUUUUUUCAUUUAAUUUGAUUUGAUGAAAAUUGUGCAGAAAUAACAACUUCACAGGCAUAACAUAAUCAUGUCAGAUGGAAACACGUCUAGUUCACAUGCUUCUUCCACGAGUACUGUUGAAAUCAGUAGGGCAGCUUCACAAGAAGCAUCAGGUGACCUGAGCAAGCCUCAAGACGAUCCAACUUCAGCAUCAGCUGUUGAUGCCAGCUCUACACAACUUAUUCCUUCACUGGCUGAACAAUCUUCUAAUCAAGCAACAGUUCAAGUUCCUGAUUCAGUUCCUGAUCCAGUAAGAUGCCCAGUUCCUGAUGCAGCCUCUACACCAGCAUCUGAUUGUAGCACCUCUCAAACAGUGGAUUCUGCAGCUUCAACGCCUGGAAAAUUGGCUCACAAUAAGAGCACUGAUGAGAAAAUCGAGAUUAUUUUGAAAGCAACUGGUGAUGCCCCAAUUAUGAAGAAAACAAAGUGGAGUGUUGUACGCAGUCGCUCUGUCGGUUGGGUGGCUACCUUCAUUAAGAAAUAUUCUCAUUUGCCCGACACUGACACCUUGUUCCUUUAUGUGAACCAAAGCUAUGCGCCUGCGCCGGACGAGCUGCUCGACAACCUCUACUCCUGCUUUGGUGCUGACAACAAACUUGUCUUGCACUACAGCAAAACUCAGGCUUGGGGCUGAGCUAUUGUGCUUGGCUUAAACUUCUUUAUGUACGUCUUCGUUUAUCUUGAGGCAAACAUGCUUAGAGAAUAAGUCAUAAGUUUUCUCUUUCUAAUAACGAACAUUCAUCGUGAUUUAAAUUCAUUACUCUCAUUCAUCACCAAAAUUAAAGAAGGACAAACCAGAAGAUGCAUCUUCGAGGUUCGUUCUAAUGUUUGAUAGAAUUUGGUGCUUGAAACAGCAAAACCAGGUUUGAGGCAUUAUAUAUAUAUUUUGUUUAAUUUAUAUGAAACUGACAUAUAACGUUUUAUCGUCAAAAAGGCUCCUUAGCUUGAAUGUGUUCAAGUUUAUUUUGUUUUAUCAACACAUUCACUGCAUGCACGUCAUGUGGUACAAAUAAGAGUGCUAUUUACCAACAAUAGUUUUGAAUCGCUGUUGGGAAUUGUGAUGAAUAAUUGUAACUAUUGAGGGAACAACCUCCAUGCAACAUCAUACUGACAGAAGCAUAUUUUGUUCGAUUUCAGCUAGUUUAUCAGGAUGAGAGAUCCAUUAGAUCUAUGAUGGAGAGGAAUUGCGCUUGUCUGUGAUAUUUACUUGAACUUUUACGCAAUUUUAUGUAUUUAACAAUCUAUAGAAUGAUAGACUCUAGUAGUGCACGCAAUUAGAAGACUGUCUCAUGGAUGAGUAGCUAUGACUUGUCCAAUUCAUUAAUUGAAUUAGGCGUCCGCCUUGUAGAUGUGGUAUCAAUUGCAUUGAAGAAUGUGUUGUCACACAAUUUACCUCUUUUAACCUUCUAAAUUAAUGAUGCAUUUCCGAGUGGCGAGGGCAAACUUUGCAGUAAUUUUAGCUUCUUGGAUCAUAGUUCGACUUCAGCAGUACGCUAAUAUAACCUUGCAUUAUCUCCUGUUCUUUAUUUCACGAAAGUUGGAUAUUUCGUAAUAAAAUGAAACCAUUGUUAAGUGCAAAUUAUUUUAUUUAUUUUGCAUUAAUAGGCAUCUUCAAAACAAUCUUUUUCUCGCUUAAGUGAUCCAUGUAGGAUCGGAAUAUCACAUGGGAAUGGGGCCUAAACCUACUGUAUGCGGAAUUCAGAAGUGCUGUUUAAACCGCGUCUAUUGUGUAAGUUUAACAGAAGCAUGGAUGAGAGACCUUGCGUAUAUUGUAAGACCAUCUCUUAACUUUUUAAAAAAAAUUACUUUCCCUGCGCAUUACAUGCCAAAGAUGUU